CUCACUGACUUCAAAUUUAAUCGUCCCCAUAUGUUUUGCACCACAAUAGUACACGUGACUUGAUCGAAGGCUCUGAUUCGCUGAAUGUCUGAGAGCAUGACCCCUGACCUCCAGUUAGCGCGAAGUUGUGAUUUCUGUGUCGCUUGCCCGCUGCUAUUCUUCAAUACGCAAUCAGUUUUCAUAGUGUCAAAUCGUCAGUUUUUUGAGUGGAGAUCAACAGUAAUAGAAUGAGAGACAAACGCGGAGUGUGGAGAGGUGCGUGCACGCGAAGAACAUGCCCUGCAGACUGCACCGAGUAUGAUAGGGAGGACGGGAAAACUUCGUGUGGGUACUGUGGCUGUCCCCCUGGGGAACACCGAGAAGUCACCGCACCUCAGGAGACAAGUGAUGCGCCGUCAGCUGCUUCUACUAGUUCUACCAGCAGCGCGUUCCACAAGAUUUCAGACAAGAGGAAGGAAAGCUUUGGCUGGGUAAAGCUGGCCAAGGCUGGAAAAACCAAGUUCGGCAACUCCAUCCUGCCGGCAUUCCAUGAGGCGUACUACCCUGUGAGCCAGAACCCCGUCACCUUUCGCAGGGACUUCCUGGUGGAACGCGACAGAGAGUUUUCUGUGAAGGAAGAAGCGUCAAAGAUUUCCCGGUUGAUCGACUUCAUCCGGGGUGACAAUUCAGCGGCUGCUGGAAGAUUUUUGUCCACAUCAUUCCGUAUCAAGGGAGAAAAGGACAGUACCACCAUACAGAACAACACCGACAAGCUGAAAGCCCUGCAGGAAAGGCUGUUGCAGAUAGAAAAGGAGCUGCAGACCCACGACGCAACACUUUUCAAGUCAGGGGGGCGCCAUGUCAAGCAAGGACGCACCACCAUGCAUGCUUUCAACACAGAGCAGCUGGACUGCAUCAGUAACCUGAAGGCAACUGUCAAAGCUACACUAGAAAAGUUGGAGGACGCUCUAAAGAGAGUAAAAAGAAUCUACAAAGUUGAGCGGACGACAAGACAGUCCAGAAAAAAAAGCAGCAGCGGAACAAGAAGAAGAAGAAAAAGCAGGCGAGGAAAGAGAAGGGAGUGAUGGAAGUGCUAGAUGUGAUUGCCCCAAACAAGGGUGAUCCUAUCAUGGAGGAGGAUAUCAACACAGAAGACGUGAAAAAACUGGACUUCCACAAAGCACCAUAUGUUCUCCAUAUUCUCCAUGAAGAUAGUCUGACAAUAGGUGCACGGGUGAAGAUUAAGGACAGUCUUAAUGACAGCUGUGGGAAGGUAGUCGACAGACUGAUAAAGGAGCGGCACACAUCCUGCCGUGGAG